GAAACGUUUAGUCAGUCACUGGCAAAAUGGCGCUCAAGGGACAAGUUGGUCAAAUAUCGAAGCAAUCGCGUGGAUUCUUUUCGUACGAAAAAUAUAUCCCCUACACCACUGUCAGAAUCCGUAACCUCCAAAUGGGCGUAUGUGCUGUGAUGAUUUCAUCGUUUACGAAGCGGCUGCUAGAUAGAAAUGUCAAACCUAUAUUUUAGAAACAGAUUAUGAAUGAAGUCAUUAAACAGAAGAAGACAGGAACUGCAGGAGUACAAUGGCGUAUUUUAGUGGUGGAUCAGUUGGCGAUGAGGAUGGUAUCGGCAUGCUGCAAAAUGCACGAUAUCAGUGCUCAAGGGAUUACCCUGGUUGAAGACAUCAAUAAGAAACGGGAACCAAUACCCUCCAUGGAGGCAAUCUAUCUAAUCACACCGUGCCAUCCAUCCGUUCAAAAGUUGAUCGAAGAUUUCAACAAUCCCGCCAGAACAACGUACAAAGUCGCCCACGUUUAUUUCACGGAAGCGUGUCCUGAUGAGUUGUUCAAAGACUUGUGUCACUCGCUGGUAGCUAAAAGCAUAAAGACACUUAAAGAGAUCAACAUCGCUUUCAUACCGUAUGAAGAGCAGGUGUUCUCCUUGGACUCGCGCGAAACGUUCCCUUGCUUUUAUAACCCUUCCUUCUCCAACUUGAGAACAGCCAAUAUGGAAAGAAUAGCCGAACAGAUCGCGACACUUUGCGCCACUCUUGGAGAAUAUCCAUCAGUUAGAUAUCGAAGCGACUUUGAUCGAAACGUGGAACUAGCACACAUGGUUCAACAAAAAUUAGAUGCUUACAAAGCGGAUGAACCGACGAUGGGAGAAGGUCCUGAGAAAGCACGUUCUCAGCUACUUAUUCUAGACAGAGGAUUUGACUGUGUCUCUCCACUGUUGCAUGAACUGACGCUGCAAGCUAUGGCAUAUGACUUGCUGGACAUUGAAAAUGAUGUAUACAGAUUUGAAGCAUCUGCGGGAGUACAAAAAGAAGUAUUAUUGGAUGAAAAUGAUGAUCUCUGGGUAGAGCUUAGACACCAGCAUAUUGCUGUAGUAUCACAAAACGUUACCAAAAAUCUGAAGAAGUUUACAGAAUCAAAGAGAAUGCCGCAGGGUGACAAACAGAGCAUGAGGGAUCUUUCACAGAUGAUCAAGAAAAUGCCACAGUAUCAAAAAGAAUUGAGCAAGUAUGCAACGCAUUUACAGUUAGCGGAAGAUUGUAUGAAACGUUAUCAGGGAAAUGUGGAUAAGCUGUGUAAAGUAGAACAGGACUUGGCAAUGGGUACAGACGCAGAGGGUGAACGUAUUAAAGAUCAAAUGAAGAACAUUACCCCAAUUUUGCUUGACCAAACCGUACACCAUUUAGACAAAUUACGAAUUAUCGCAUUGUACGUUAUUAGUAAAAACGGUAUCUCCGAAGAGAACCUUAACCGAUUAGUUCACCACGCUCAAAUAUCUCCGGACGAUAAACAGACCAUAGUAAACAUGGCUAAUCUUGGUAUCAAUAUUGUUGUAGACGGUGGUAACCGAAGAAAAUUGUACACCGUACAACGUAAGGAGAGAAUUACGGAACAAACUUAUCAAAUGAGUCGUUGGACUCCGGUUAUGAAAGAUAUCAUGGAAGAUGCUAUCGAGGAUAAAUUGGACUCAAAACAUUUUCCAUUUUUGGCUGGACGGGCAGCAAGUUCGGGAUAUCACGCACCUACUAGUUUAAGAUAUGGACAUUGGCACAAGGAUAAGGGUUCACAAACCAUCAAGAAUGUACCACGCUUAAUCGUUUUCGUAGUAGGCGGUGUUUGUUUUUCUGAAAUACGAUGCGCUUAUGAAGUUACAAAUGCUUUGAAAAAUUGGGAAGUAAUAAUUGGUUCAUCGCAUAUCAUAACGCCGAAAUCUUUCUUAGAUGAUUUGAGCAAGCUUCACGUAUAAAGAAAUUUGUUCGUCAUAAAUAAAACGAAGACACAUUCCUGCAUUCCUAAUAUGCCAUUAGCUUCGGCUCCGUUCAAUAAUAUCAAUUAUGAAAUUUCAUGGAUGAUCUCGAUUGUAUAAUUAAAGUGUAAAACGCCCAGUCAAUUGUUCAAGUCGCACAGUUAUUUAGCGACUAAGAAAAAGACAAAAAUUGGAAAAUGUCAUAUCAUAAAUAUCAUUUUGCCGAGUUGCAAAUGGUGCCAGAAGAAAAAGAUAUCCGGUAUUUAAGUGCCUGCGCGAAUAAAAAGUUAAUGAUUAAAUAAAAAUGUUGGCAAUACGGAUGUAGAUCACACGGAGAUGCUUAAUGGUACUUUAGGCUCACGAAUGAUCUAGCCCCAGAUAUAGUAUGUUAUCCUACUGUCAUACUAUUCUUUUGUUAACCAUAAAUGGCAAGUUUAGCGAUGGAAUUUGAUGUAAUGUAGAGAAAGAUCGUGAUAUUCGUGUAAAUUUCUCGUUAUUAAUGUUUCGUUAUCUCCCGCUUCAAAAAUUGUUGACUGUUAUCGGUAUCGUGGAGAAGAUUCAGUCUUCGGUUUCAAUCACAGAAUCAAUAACGCUUAGCAAUCAUCAUGAACAGUAUAAAUAUCGAAUACAGUUGUGUGUGCUUCAGUUACGUCGCUGUCAAGAAAGACUACACGAUGUCAAAUUAGUAUUUAUUUUCUGAAGUCUACACAGAUGUUUAAGUAUCCUUACUUUACAAAUGCAAAUAUUUAAAUAUCAUAUUCAUUGACGUAACUAGAUAGAAAUCAGGGUGGACUUGGCCUUCUUGAAAUAUGAGCUUCCCACGUAGAAAUGUAGGAAUAGUAAAGAUUUAGAAAUUUCCAAAUCCCUAAAUUAUCAAAAGCCACUUCUCAAUAUGAGAACAUGGACAUUAAGUAAAACUAGGAGACGUGGUUCAUCCUAGGAAAAAGUUCUAGUUACGCCAGUGAUUAUAUUGUAUAAUAAAAGAAUAUAUGUAUAUUUAGUUAUUUAUUAUACUUUGUAUUAUUCGUUUACUAAACAAAUGUUUAGUGUGCAUAGUGCAAAAUGCUGCUUAUGUCGAAGCGUGCAUUUACAUAAAUCUAAAAGAAUGUCCAACAACUAAAGACUUAUAUUCGUUUAAUUAAACGUAAUAUCUUUACCGUAUUUGUAAGUACUUACACGUUGAAACUUCUAUUGCACGUACAAAAAAGCAAUUCUAGAUCACUUUCGAUCUAUGGAAGUUAGAGUCUGUUGAUCAUCGUAAUAAUUAUUAAUGUGUGUUAAUAUUGCGAUUACUUAGCGGCGAGAUUAUUACAAAGUUUACGGUAUUGAUUAUUAUAUAAUAUAUUAUAUGGAUAUAUAUAUAUGUAUGUAGAUUGUAGUCUAAACAAAAUGUUCUGCUUAUAAAGGCCUACAAUUCACUCCAAUUUUGUUUAUUUUUUUACGAACACCACACCACGUUCAGUAAAUAUAAAAUUUUGAAAAACUAUCAAUUACAGUAAAAAUUGAAUUACACGAUACUGGUAUAAUAUAGUAGUACAAGACACUAACUCAUCACUUAUAUAGAGAGAAUAUGAAAAUAUUGAUUAUCAACAUAAAAAUUUUUUUAUAAAGAAUCUGGUUUCAACCUAAUAGUUCAUCACAUGAAAUUUAAUUAUUUCAAGCUGAGAAUUUGAAAGUAAAAAAGUAAAGAAAUGAGGGAUUUGUAAAUGGAAUAAUUGAUAAAAUAAAAGGUUGAAAUGAAUUAUUCUCAAACGUUGAGUAAUCAUUUCAAUGUAUUUCUACUUCAUUUGAUCGAAUCAGAAUUAUCUUAAGACAGGACGAGGUUGCAAUGAAAAACUAUCAGCACGGUUACUUUCAAUUAGUUAUUAAUAAUUAAACCUUAGAAUAAUUAGCAUAAUUCGUAGAGAUUAUAAUAACGUAUAAUAUGCAUUAUUUUUUUUAUCUGUAUUAAUAGUAUACACAAUGAUAUUUCUUAUCUUCUUCUAAUAGAUCCGCAACAUAAGAGAAAACGUCAAACAUGAGACAAUAAUAAUUUCAAUUAGUAUCUCUCCUAUCGAUGACUAUAUAUAAUACUCUCUUUCAUUCUAUCUCACUCGCUCUUUCCCUCGCUUCCUCCCUAUUUAUAUGUAUAUUUAUAUAUAACAUGCAAAAUUACAAACUAAGAAAGGUAAUUCUGUAUGUAUGUGUAAUUAAUAACUUGUAGUAACUCUUGUAUUCACAAUUGCCUUGUAACAUUAAUUUAAACGUCAUAAUCAACGUCUCUUUUUCUUAUUUUUCU